AUGCGCAUAUUAAUUCAUGAAUACACGAAACGAUAUAAGCGAUUGAUUGUUAUAAGUGGGACGGUGAAUGAUUUUAAUCACGAUGGACUUGCAGAUGAGAAUGAAAUUACAGCUGACAGAAUAAAAAGGAGUGGUGUCAUGGCCAAAAUUCCGACGCAUAUAUUCGCGGUGUUGAUCAGAUGCUCGGAUAUGAAAUGGACAGCUGACGGCCAUUCAUGCAAAGAUGCAACUCAAACACGGGUUCUGUCAUUUGUACUUCCAAACCAUCCGGACGAUCUGAAUUGUCUCGAUGUGGAAGAAUAUUUGCGUACAAACACAGCUCGUGUUCGUGAUAUUGAAUUACUCACCGGUCUUGAGUUCUUCACGUCACGGUCACGUUAUCCUGAAACCGUUGCUUUGAAAAUGCGUACGUACAUUCAAAAUGGGAUUUGGUCGACAUAG